CAGCCCCGCCAGCCCGCCCGAGCGCUCGGAGGGAGAGGCAAGGUCUGGACGGGGUGGCUGGACCAGUGGCAGAAUCUAGUGCCAGACUCUGGACUUGAGGGUUCUGGGCUGUGGUCUGUAGAAGCCAAGGAGAGAAGGACUCAAAUCCAGGCCAACUGUAUGGCUGUCUGAGGUGUUGGAACAGAAGGAGGUCCAUUCCUGUUGGUGACAACACUGUGGCCCUGUUCUGGGAUGACCGAGGUAUAAAGGUUUCCCCCGAGAGAGCAGCUGAGUCCUUGCACCCUGUGACAGCUGCUGUUCCCAGCCCUGAGCCCAUCGGAGGUCCUGCAGCGGUGGCGGUGUGAGGAGUUGUGCAGUCAGUUAUAACUGAAAAUGUCUGACGGUCUGGAUAAUGAAGAGAAACCCCCAGCUCCCCCACUGAGGAUGAACAGUAACAACCGGGAUUCUUCGGCACUCAACCACAGCUCCAAACCACUUCCUAUGGCCCCUGAAGAGAAGAAUAAGAAAGCCAGGCUUCGCUCUAUCUUCCCAGGAGGAGGGGAUAAAACCAAUAAGAAGAAAGAGAAAGAGCGCCCAGAGAUCUCUCUUCCUUCAGACUUUGAACAUACGAUUCAUGUGGGGUUUGAUGCAGUCACCGGGGAAUUCACUCCAGAUCUCUAUGGCUCACAGAUGUGCCCAGGGAAGCUCCCAGAGGGAAUUCCUGAGCAAUGGGCACGAUUACUCCAAACCUCCAACAUAACAAAGCUGGAACAGAAGAAGAACCCCCAAGCUGUUCUAGAUGUUCUCAAAUUCUAUGAUUCCAAAGAAACAGUCAACAACCAGAAAUACAUGAGCUUUACAUCGGGAGAUAAAAGUGCACAUGGAUACAUAGCAGCCCAUCCUUCGAGUACAAAAACAGCAUCAGAGCCUCCUUUGGCUCCUCCUGUGUCUGAAGAAGAAGAUGAAGAAGAGGAAGAAGAAGAAGAUGACAAUGAGCCCCCACCAGUCAUUGCACCAAGACCAGAGCAUACAAAAUCAAUCUACACUCGUUCUGUGGUUGAAUCGAUUGCUUCACCAGCAGCACCAAAUAAAGAGGUCACACCACCAUCUGCUGAGAACGCCAAUUCCAGUACUUUGUAUAGAAACACAGAUCGGCAAAGGAAAAAAUCCAAAAUGACAGAUGAGGAGAUCCUAGAGAAACUAAGAAGCAUUGUAAGUGUUGGUGACCCAAAGAAAAAAUACACAAGAUUUGAAAAAAUAGGUCAAGGGGCCUCAGGUACUGUUUAUACAGCGCUGGACAUUGCCACAGGACAAGAGGUGGCCAUAAAGCAGAUGAACCUUCAACAGCAGCCCAAAAAGGAAUUAAUUAUUAAUGAAAUUCUGGUCAUGAGGGAAAAUAAGAACCCCAAUAUUGUUAAUUAUUUAGAUAGCUACUUAGUGGGUGAUGAACUGUGGGUAGUCAUGGAAUACUUGGCUGGUGGCUCUUUGACUGAUGUGGUCACAGAGACCUGUAUGGAUGAAGGACAGAUAGCAGCUGUCUGCAGAGAGUGCCUCCAAGCUUUGGAUUUCUUGCACUCAAACCAAGUGAUCCACAGAGACAUAAAGAGUGACAAUAUUCUCCUUGGGAUGGAUGGCUCUGUCAAAUUGACUGAUUUUGGGUUCUGUGCCCAGAUCACCCCUGAGCAAAGUAAACGAAGCACGAUGGUGGGAACUCCCUAUUGGAUGGCACCCGAGGUGGUGACUCGAAAAGCUUAUGGUCCGAAAGUUGAUAUCUGGUCUCUGGGAAUUAUGGCAAUUGAAAUGGUAGAAGGCGAACCCCCUUACCUUAAUGAAAAUCCACUCAGGGCAUUAUAUCUGAUAGCCACUAACGGAACUCCAGAGCUGCAGAAUCCUGAGAGACUGUCUGCUGUAUUCCGCGACUUUUUAAAUCGCUGUCUUGAGAUGGAUGUGGAUAGGCGAGGAUCCGCCAAGGAGCUUUUGCAGCAUCCAUUUUUAAAAUUAGCCAAGCCUCUCUCCAGCCUGACUCCUCUGAUUAUUGCUGCAAAAGAAGCGAUUAAGAACAGCAGCCGCUAGGACUGCCAGCCUUACCCCACACCAUCUCCCUCAUGAGUAAGACUGAAAUAAAACUCCGCUGCAGGAAAGAUGGAAGAAAAGACAGUCAAAUGGGGUGGGGUUUCUUUAACUUUGAGAUGAAUAGAAACUUCUUAUAAGCCUUUUUCCUACUCCCUCAGAUUAUGUAAUUUAUUUGUAAGCCUGAAUCGCGGCCCAUACAGGGCAGCAAUGUUGAAGUGGCCAUAAAAAGGUCACUUCCACCGUGAAGCGAAAGAGCCAGUAGUGAAUCCCCUCAUUUUGUGCAUUCACUUUGAAGAAAAAAAAGAUUUCUCAAAGAUGCACACUCCCUCUCCAUAGUGUUGUGUUUGUUUUUAAGUUAGAGAGUAGUCCCUCUUGCAUUCAAACCUCCUUCAAAACUCCUUACCCAAUGUAAUGUUUUUCACUUGCAUUGUCAUUAGAUGUCCAGAAAAAAAGAUGUCAAAACUUUUUUUAAGAAAAAGAAACUAAAAAACAAAAAGAAAACAAGCAAACAAACAAACAAAAAAAAACAAAAUGAAACAAAACAAACAAAAAAAAAAAACCCAGAGCAAGUACUGUGUGAACAUGUGGAAGUCCAUGCCCUCAUAGAGUUGCAAUUUUUAUUCUUCUUCUAUAGUGGUGGCUUGGUUUGUGUACCUGUUUUUCUGCAUUUGUAUUGGAAAAGGUUUCUUUUACGACAUUUUCCAAAAGCAGAGAGGAAUAUGUGUGUUCAGGAAGGGCUUUUAAAAACUAUCUAAAUAAAGUUCAGAUGGUGAAAUCUUAUUACAUUUUCAUGAUGAUGCUUAAGUGGUAGUUGAUUUGCAUUUGUAUAAACCUGCUUGCUCAUCUUCACAAUACCUGCAAAAAGACACACCAAAACUAUGGCACUCCAGUUGGGUGAGUCUAGAUCUUAAACCUAGGAAAUCCUGAUUGGAGAGGCCACACUUAAACAAAGAUGGGGCUUUCUCUAAGAGCCAAAAGGAAGAUAAUAUAAGCAUGAAAUACUGAAAUCUUCAUUGGACAGUAAGUAAACAAAGAUAUAGAUACCUAAUUUAAUCCUGUUUUGUGCUUGUGGAAUGUAUGCAACUGUAAAACAGGCACAUCAGGAGGAAAUAGACCCAUUACCCAACAUUUGCUGAUAAUAAAAUCUUAUUUAUCUUCACAAUUUAUAACAAACAUUAAAAAAAGUUUUAAGAUAUGGAGAACAGAAAUAUUGGAAGCAUUCAACUCUGCAAGAAAUGGGAGGUUAGUGAAAACUACAUCCCAGUCAACGCUUGGCUCUAAGUACUUGUUGUCAUUUCCCCUAUGUAUCACUAAUCUCUGUUUCUGCAUAUGGUGUGUCCAUGCUUAGCCCUUUGGGCUUUUGAAUUUCGAAAACAUGUAUCUAAAGAUCUUGAUGUUCUCCAGUGAAAAGCCUUUGGCUUUGCAAUCAUGUAUCCCAAGACCUAUCAGUCCAGCUGAGUUCCUUUUGUGGCUUGGGCAAGAUAUGAAAAUUUGACUAUUAUUUCACCAUUUAUCAAUUUAUUAGACACUCAACAGUCACCACUUCCUGAAUCUUCUGAGAGUAGAAAAAUAUCUGGAGGGUGUCUGCAUAGAAAGGAUAUGCUUCUCUUUUGAGUGUUAUCAGUUUUAUAAAUUCUGCAGAGUUUUUUCUCUAAGCCUUUGAAAAGCUAGCAGUUUGUGCAGUAGAGGGCUCCUUGAUUUGUAGUAUGUCAAGAAUCUGAAUAGAACCUAUCUGCAUUUAGCAAGAGAGGGAAAGAGAUCACUGCCAUGGGCCUCUCUCCUUCUCUGCUGAGGCACAUCCGUCCAUGUAAUCAUCUGUUCAUUCCUUAAAAUGAAAGCACUUUCUUUAGAGAGUUUCUGCUAUCCAACCAUAUAGUGCACAUGUUUAUAUUUAGGAGAUAACACUCCUGGUGGAUUUCCUGUUGUUUCCUUUGACUAUGAAACUUGGGAGGGGCUUGACCCCUGCCCCUAGAAAAUGUGCACAAGGGCAUAAAACAACAAAUGUGAAAAGAUCAAAUGGUAAUAUUAAUUUGAACCAUAUUAUGUUAUUCUUCACAAAGACGUGGCUGGGCCUGAAAAUGUUAAUGCCACACUGUUUUAUGUGUGAGAGAGAGUGAGGCCUUAAUUUUGAUUUCUUUUAAAAUUAAGUAUUUUUAAAUUUUUCAUUCAUCAUACCAGGGAAUUCAAUGAAACAAUAGGUGGGAUGCAAAUAGAAUUCAGUACAUUGGUACCUAUGCCCUGCCACUGGAGAGAGCCCCAAACCUGGUUGGGAAGCUCAAAUUGUCCGUGAGCAUCCCUUAUAUGUCAUGAAGGCAUUUUUUUGGUGGAAGGACACCUGGAGCAGUGAUCCUUCAGAUUACUGGAGGCAGAGAAAUGGCUGCUCUUUUAUGCUUUCAAUUCAGCAUGUUAACAACAGGGAGUCUUGUACUACUUCACCACAUCCUGUUGUACCAAGAUUUUAUGAUAAUAUAUCCCAGUAGGCUUUGCUCUUAAAGACUUAUAUCUAUGUAAAUUUUAAAAUGAGAACAGCUUCUAAAGACCAUUCCCCGUGUUGGAGAGUUAUGUAUAUUUCUAAUAAGUAUUAGAGAGGAGCUGUUUCUCCUGCCAAAAUGAUGCUGAAGGAUUUACACUUGGUAUACCUGACCAAGUUGUACUCCAGAUGGUUAAUAGUUUAUUCCCUUUUCCUGGAUUGUUUUUUUUUUUGUAGCUCAUCUUGACAUUGGUGAGUCUAUCCAGAUCUUUAAAGUCACUAGCAUGCCCUGAGAUAAGGAGGGCGCAUCAUCGAAUGUUGAUUCCAAAAUGUCCUGAGAUAGGGAUAGGGCAGUGGGAAAGUCAGGGAAGGGUGAGAAGCACAGCAGAGAUUAUUUAUUUAAAAAAGAAAAGAACAUUAAUGUUGUAGCAAGGAUCCAGCACGUUGUCAUCAUCCCAUGAAGAUUUUUGGAUGACACAUCCCCUCAAAUCAGUCACCGUGUUGGGUAAUGACUUCGUUCUUGCUGAUCUCGUCUUUGUGUCAUUGUAAAUAUUUGUGUGUCCGUGUUCCAUUUUGGCUACUGGAUGGCCAAGUCAUGUAAGAAGAUUUAACCCAAGUAUUUAUUCUUUAAUUGUGUUAUUCAGAUUUCUUUCAGGCUUGUGAAUUGCUCCCCAAUGUUUGAUUUUAACCACCUGAUCCCCACAUCUUUCCCUCCCUUGUGAAGCACAUUCCAUUGCUAAAAGAAAAAGAAAUACGAAAUUGCUUCCUUUCGUCUGUAAAACUGUUUGAUAGUUUGAGAUGUUUGUCUAUAAACGAUAUUUCUCAGCUCAAAGAUCAUGUAAAUAAUUCUAUUCCUUUGCUCAAUGGGUUGUUUAUUUCUAAUGAGGCUGCCAGUUCUCAGAAAGAAUCUAUAAAAUCACCUUUAAAUAACAUAAACAGGGAUGACAACUAUGUAAAAAUAAGCGCAUAUGAACAAAGACUGGGAACACAGACAAUUGAAAUCAGUUGUGUUGGGAUGGUGGGAUUAUGCAAAUUUUUUUCUUGUUAAAAUUUUCUUUGAUAUUGUUAUACUAUUGCUUUAUAAUAAAUAAACAUCAGAAAGGGGACUAUAGAAACAUAGAAAAGACGCCAGAAGCAGACGCCUUCUGGCCAGAGCCCAGAGCAUGCAGGGCACAGGUAUUUGUUAAUUACAAUUAUUCCAUAGGCUUUAUAUUUGCCUGGAUGCUGCAGUUGGCACACACUCAUUAUGGCAUGUGCUUUCUUCGGGGACUAGUAUCUAUAAGUUAAAGCUAGGGAGAUGUCGCUGUUAGAACUCCAAACACAUCCUUCUGCUUUCAAACUGGCUGGCUGCCCCCUCUGCUUUGGUAUGGCCUCAAGGUUUCUGUUUUGCUUACUUUAGAUUGGAGGGGUCACUUUGGAUAGCCCCUUUGACAACAUCUGUUUCAGGUACUGCCUUUAUGGAUCAUUUUAGCAGAUUUUAGGUUGAAUUUUGGAAGAACAGAAGGUUAAAAUCCCCAGUUCCCACCAUUUCCUUUUCCAACAGGAUAUACUAUCAUUCAGGUAGGAUUUUAUUUUAAUGAACAGUAGGCAAGUCCCGCUGAUUUCAGUAGAAGUUAUGACUUGCACUUAAAAGCUGACUGUGAAAACAUUGAGACAAAUAUUUAGAACAGCCCUGGCCUCUUGGCAUUCAAUCUCAACUCCUUUGAGCUUUGGCCUGAGAUGGUGACCUCUAGGUGCUUUCUGAUCUGCGUAAUUAUAGGUUGUAUGCGGUAACUACUGUCAUUUUAAAGGAGAAACAGGGAGACCAUCUACCCAAAGAGAGGAAUUUCCUUGUAACUCACCAAAGAGUUUGCAGGUGAGGACUUUUAUGAUACGGUAGUGGCCUCAGGUGUUAGUUUCACCAAGAGCAGACCUUUUAUCUAGAGAACCCACCUUGGGCCAUUCUCAACAUAUAAUCUACUUAUGAGAGUCUUAACCCUGACAUCCCCAGUUGUAUCUCAUGGUCCUCUUCUGAGCUACUUGCAGUUAAUAUUUGGUUAAACAAAGGCAUGGCCAGUGAUGGCCUACUCCUAGUCUCUGAGCAAGAGGACUGAAAUUCAGCAUUUGUAAACUGACAGUCUAACAGACCCGAGAUUUUGAGUGAACUUAACACACAAUUCUGAACAUAUAUUUGCAUGUGGAUUGGGAAGGAAUUAAAGGGGACCCCGGAAAUAAUGGAACUAUUUUUCCUAAGAAAGACUUUUUCAUCAAAAAUUGGUUUCUGAUAUGAUCUUUCUGGUAGUAAGCUUUUUUCCCAUUCCUUUUCUGAUCCCAUGCUCCAAGUGAAUAUAAACCCAACUCCUCGUGCAUUGAGGAUGUCUGUUUAAUAUCAAGCAAUAUCUAACUGAAUCUGCAAAUGUGGGAACUGAGAUUAUAACUUCCACGUGCACACUUUUGUGUUCAACUAGAUGAUAAUAAUGAGGAGCAUUUACUGCCACAUGAUACAGUCACACUUGCAAGAUAAACUUAUAGAAGCUGUUUAGUGCCAUCAGAGUCUCCUUUGGAAGCUGCCGUCAGAUGAAUGCUAUCCCAUAAUACCAGUAGUGAGGCAGGUACCAUGUGCAUCUGAUUUAGGACCUAUGAGGAAAUCAACAGCAAUUAGAAUCAAUCAGAUGUAGUGAAAGAAGUGCUAACCUAGAAGUAAGAAUGGUGGUGGUGGUUUAGUCACCAAGUCAUGUCCAACUCUUGGGACCCCGUGGGGUGUAGGCCACCAGGCUCGUCUGUCCAUGGGAUUUCCCAGGCAAGUAUACUGGAGUGGGUUGCCAUUUCCUUCUCCAGCAGAUCUUCCCAAUGCAGGGACUGAACCCGGAUCUCCCGCAUUGCAGCCAGAUUCUUUACCGACUGAGCCACCAGGGAAGCCCAGAAAUAAGAAUACUUGGAUUCUAAUGUAGGCUCCGCUCCUAACUUACUGUGUGCCCUUGGGCAAGUCACUUAACCAUGUUGUGUCUGUUUCCACAUUUAUAAAAUAAAGGUAUUGGACUAGCUCUCCAAGGCUUUCCAAAGCUCUAACAUUCUGUGGUACUAUAGAUUGCUUUGCUAAUUCAUCCUGCUAAAGUGAUGGCAAAUAUCAUAUGCUUAAGCCUGGGUCUCUUAUGUUGCAGUUAAACAAUAGAACUAUGUAAGAUGAUGCCAAAAAAAAAAAAUCAAACCUCAAGUAAGUGAAGUGAAUAAAUACUAGGGAAUGUUGAUAAAACUUGUGGCAGCCUUCCAAUUCCUUCACUGUUGUUUUGUUUUUGAUUUAGUGUUCCUUUUCUGUUGAGUGUUCCAAUUUUUCUUUUCCAUACACUCUGUAUGUAAAGUCUGGUUUUCAUUAAGCUGUGGCCAGUAUUUGCUACUAGAACAGAAAUACACUGUCACACUUGCUAGAAUAGAACUAUACUUCGGCCUCUCCUUUCCUGUGAAGCAGUGUUGGGCUUUAUAGAGUUUACUUCCAAAAUGGCACAAGAUGGCAGAACCCAUGUCAUGGCUGGGACUACUGAGUGGGCCUAAACAUUUUCAGGUUGCAGAGAGAUAAAGGAAAAAGUGAUUACGUGCUAUUAGCACUAAGGAGUGUUGACAAAUCCACUUGGGAACCAAAGACAGCUUUUCUGAUGACAGCUCCCACAGGGAUUGGCCAAUUGGAUGAGUAUGAUACUAGAAAGAGGAUCAACUUGUAGUUAGUGGACAGUCCCAUUGCACUGCCUACAGCAGUGCCAACUAGCCCUAAGUGUGAAAUUCAAGUUCAGUGUGUGUGCUCGUGUGUGGUGUGCUUUAUGGACCCGCAUAUACUAUAUUCAUUAGUGAUAAUAAGACCUUUCACAGAAUUCUGUAACCACUAGUGGGUUGAGUUUUAAAUCUCAGUACAUCAGCAAGGAAGAGACAGAUCACAGGGUAGUUAGUGAUGUGUACUGGGAUUAUACUCAUAAUAUCCAGACAAAACAAGUUAAGGAGGAUCUGUGUUUUCAUUAUCAGAGUUGUAUCUCAUUUGGCUGUGCUUUACUUUUGUUAAAAUGUGUUAUCUGUAAACCCAUGUGUAGUGAAAUUCUUCUGUAACUGAAUUAAAGGUAUUUAUGGUCUUUGUUUGAUUUUUUAAGUAAAUUAUUUCUUUUGUAAACCUGCUGAUGGUAUGGUUCCAUCCUUCUGACCUCAGCAUCUGCUCUUUUUAAGGACUUUUGUUUAUGAUAUUGUUACUUUAAAUUGUGGUUGAAGCAAUAGAAAAUUGAAAUAUGGAUUGUGCAUGACUGUGUCUUGAGUGUAAAAAUAAUGCAGUUUGAAACUUGGACCUAAAGUAUUGCAAAUAAAAAUG